AUGUCUCCAAUAUCGGACUUGAAAGCAUAUAUUUUCCGACUAUUUGCCAGCUUCACAGCCACCUAUAACCCAGUCAGCGCUCCAGCAGCUCUUACAGAUGAACGUCCCAAGCCCCAUUUUCGUACGGACAACGACAGUUCGGACACACUCACCCUCCCAGAUGGUCGAAAUGUCGGUUAUGCACAAUAUGGUUCGCUGACCGGAAGGCCUAUUUUUUACCUACAUGGCCUCCCAGGCUCUCGCCUAGAGGCUGCGGGUUUUGAUGAGCUGGGCCUAGAAUUAGGCGCCCGUGUCAUUGCUGUGGACAGACCUGGUAUAGGAUGGAGCUCACCACACCCCGAUCGAACGCUCCUUGAUCAUCCAAAAGACUUAGAAUCCCUCGCGAAGCACCUUAAGUUGGAUCAUUAUAGUGUUUUGGGAAUAUCAGGAGGCGGACCAUAUGCACUUGCUUGCGCCGCGACAUUACCGCAUGAAAAGCUUAAGUGUGUUUCGAUUGUCUGCGGCCUAGGGCCGCCUGACAUCGGUAUGAGUGGAGCAGAUUGGGUGCACAGGCUUGGAUUCCCACUGGGUUUUCGCUAUGCGCCUCUCAGCGUUGUCCGGUGGUUUUGGAAGCUAGAGGGGUCAGGGCGCUUAGAUCUCAGUGACGAGAGGCGUCUUGAGCUUCUGCUUCAGAAGCCAAUCGCUCAUGAGAAGGACAAUGACUUUAUGAAGACGGACUGGCCCCGGUUAUCUUUGCGAUCGACUCGAGAGUGCUUCGCACAAGGGUUCCAUGGGGUGUGGCAGGAUGGUAGGUUGGUGUGCAUGGACUAUGGUUUUCGAAUAGAGGAUAUUCGUCCUGAACUACCUAUGCAACUAUGGUAUGGGAAGCUUGAUACUUUUGUUCCACCAAAUCAUGGUGUGCAGAUAGCCGCCCGGCUGCGUGGUAGAGCAUAUCUCAGGCUGGAGAAUGAGACACAUGCAAGCAUUGUGGUGAACCAGAUGAGGGAGAUAUUGGAACAUUUAGUUAGAAGCACUUGA